AGUUUUUCACUUAAAGAAAAAUUUGCGAAAAAUUUUGUGUGAAUUAAUUUGAUUAUAAAUUAAAGUGAAUCAAUUAAAUUAGAUACAUCGUCGAUGAUAUUUUGAUAUGUACAAGUCGCAUUAGAGCUUUAGUGAGGUGAUUUUGGAGAACCAAUUUUUAUCUUGGGUUGUGUAAUUGAAUCCUUUCAGUGAGGGGCAGUAAACGGAUAUAUUCGAUUUAUCUGUUAUUGCUAUCGCGGAUAAGAAAUUAAGAUUCUAUUUGACGAAUCAAGACUAUACAAUAUUCUUCUUGGAUAUCGAAAAAUAAGAUAAGGAUAUUUUCGGAUUCAAUGAUUGCUGGCGGUGGGGCUUUUUUUGGAUGAAGAGCAGAAUAUCGACUUUUGAGGUUUUUAUUUCUGUUGGCGGCGGGACUUUUUUGGAAUAGGGCGCUUCAGGACUUUUGGUUGCGGUUUCUGGACGGAUAAACCUAUUUGUUUUUUCACAACAAAAAACUAGUGGGGUUGAAUACAAAAUCGUACCUUGUACUUUCAAAGAAAACGGUUUAAGAACAGUUGGGAGGACCUUUUUGGUGUUAGUUACCUUUCAGACAGUUAAAGAAUUUAGUCAAAAUGGUAACUGAAGAAAUCAAGCCAAAGAUUAACGCCAGUAAAGGGUACUUAAACUUUUUGAGGGAUUUUAGUAUGAAAUUAGUUGAUAAAAGCGCCACUCAUGUUGUCUUGUCUGGCGCGCACCAUUGGAAUACUUUAAGUGAUGCUAGCAAACAUGUAUAUCGCGAAAUGGGGGACGCAUGUGGUGGUUGCCCCAAAAAGAAAAAAAAUCCUUGCAAAAAAAAGAAGCCAGCAUGCCCUAAGAAAAAGCCCAAGUGUCCGAAGAAAAAAAAGAAAAAUUCCUGCAAGAAAAAGAAGCCAGCAUGCCCUAAGAAAAAGCCGAAGUGUCCUAAAAAAAAGAAAAAUCCCUGCAAAAAGAAGAAGCCUCGCUGCCCCAAGAAAAAAAAGAAGAGUUGCGGCGCAAAGAAGCCAAAGUGCACCCAGCCUGGGCCGCUUACAAAUAAUGCGUAUUUGAAUUAUCUGAGAUACUUCCGUCGUAAUAAUUGUGGUUUGGAACCAAAAGAAAUUAUUAAAAAGGCGGCCAAGUGUUGGUGCAAACUACCACCUGAAAAACGUUUGCGCUUUGAAAAGCAGGCUUGCAAAAUGUCAAAAUCUUGCAAACGAAAGAACACCAAGAUUUGCAAGGAGGCUCUUAAGCGUAAGAAGAAGAAACCAUGCUGCCCUUGAAAACAUCGUUUUUAAGGGCAGUCCAACGGGAAGUAUUUUAGAAAAUAUUUUGUACGGCCAUAUAACAAUCUACAUAAUAACAAAUUAUAUGGAAUUGUAGAUUGUAACUAAUCUAAAAUACUUUCAAGUAACUGAAACGUUUUUCUGGCCGGAAUCAAGAAAACUGCAUAUGGACGAAACAAUUUCGAAUGUCUCCAAACUUAACCAUGCUAUAUUUUUUGUUUGGAGUAAUGAUGUUUUAAUCUGACUUGCAAGUGCUUCCAAAUAACAUUGCUAACUAGAAGUGUUUAUUUAUAAAUUGACUGCAUAUUUAGAAUCUAAGCUCUUUUUAAUAAGGUGUAAUACCGUUAAAUUUAAAAUUUUUUUGCGUAGGUAUAUAUUUUUAAUGAAAUAUCCGUCUCAGAUAUAGUUUAGUAGGUUAAUAUAUAUUAUAUUGUAAAACUAAGAAGUGUAUGUAAAUUAGUUAACUGUAUUCUGUUUUUGAAAUUAACAAUAAUUUGAGGAAAAUAUAUUUUAAGUAUGUGUGUUUAAAAAUAACAA